AUGGAUUAUAGCGAAUACACAUUUGAAGAUUCUUCUGUGAAUAAUGAUUCACAAUCGAUAGUUAGUGAUGAUGAUACACGUUCAGAAGCUCUCUCGGGUUAUCAAUCAGAUGAAUCUCUGGUAACAGAAUACGCCUCUGCAUUUGAAGAGGAUGAUGAUGAAACAGAUCUUACACAAGAGGAGUGUUGGGAAGUGGUUUCAUCAUUUUUCAAAAAUAAAGGCAUCAUACGACAACAAUUGGACUCAUUUGAUGACUUUAUUGAGCGUGGUCUAGUUGAAGUCAUAAAUGAAACCCCAAUGCAAGCGAUUAGAUAUUCUGAUUUUGAAGAUGGGCAAGAAAUUAUGACUCAAUACCGUUUCGAGUUUGAUAAUCCAUCAUUUACUAAACCUCAAUUUUCCGAACCUGAUGGUAUUAAAAAGCAAUUGUUCCCGAAUGAAGCCCGCUUAAGAGGAUUAACGUACUCAUCCCCGUUGUUUUUAAAUAUGAAAGUUUUUGUAUCAAAGCUAAUCAUAAGCAGCUUUGAUGAAAUAAAUUACAACGAAAAUGAUUUCAAAGGAUUUGAGGAGAUUGUGAUUGAUGAACCGAUAUUUUUUGGAAAGAUUCCUGUUAUGGUACAUUCUAAAUUUUGCUCUUUAGCUGAUUUGACCUUUGAGGAACUAAAAGAACAUCACGAAUGUCCAUAUGAUCAGGGUGGUUACUUUAUAAUAAACGGUUCUGAAAAAGUUCUAAUAGCUCAAGAAAGGUUAGCCUACAAUUAUGUCUAUAUCUUUAGACAUGCUUCGCCGUCGACUACCUUGUAUAGUGCGGAAUUUCGUAGUUCUACUGAACACAUGUCAAAAGUUAGAACUGUGAACUUGAAAUUGAUUACAAGAACUUUUGCCGGAGAAAAAAUCGAAACGUUCAUACAUGUCUCUUUGCCUUUUAUUAAAAAAGACAUUCCAAUUAGAGUUUUAUUUCUUGCCCUUGGAAUCCUCAAUGAUGAGGACUUCAUCGAUUAUAUUUGUCUUGAUUCUCAUGAUUCUGAAAUACUCAAAAUUGUACUAUCUUGUAUUGACGAAACGCGUGUAAUUCAGUCGCAAAAUGUCGCUUUAGAUUUUAUUGCGCGCAGAGGAACCACAUCUAAUGCGGUUCGGGAGAAAAGGAUCGAGUAUGCGAAAAACAUUAUAUGUAACGAAUUUUUGCCUCACAUUGGAGUAGGAAUUGGCUUCAAUUUAGUUAAAGGAUAUUUUUUGGGAUAUUUGGCGCAUAGGCUUUUACUCUCUGCUCUUGAACGUCGGGAACUUGAUGAUCGAGAUCAUUUUGGAAAAAAACGCCUUGAUAUGGCUGGUCCUCUAAUGAUUUCAUUAUUCCGCACUUUAUACAAAACAGUGUUAAAUGAAAUGACUGUUUAUUUUAGAAAGUGUAUUUCGAUUAAACGCGACUUCAAAAUACCUUUAGCGAUAAGACCACAGAUAAUUACCAAUGGAUUUAGAUACUCGAUUGGUACCGGUGUCUCACAAGUCCUAAACAGAUUCACUUACGUGUCAACUAUAUCACAUCUUCGAAGAUGUAAUGCUCCAAUUGGACGCGAAGGAAAGUUCACGAAACCGCGUCAACUUCAUAAUACACAUUGGGGUUACAUAUGCCCUGCUGAAACUCCUGAGGGACAAGCCUGCGGCCUAAUGAAAAAUCUAGCGCUAAUGUCAUACAUUUCAGUGUCUAUUCCAUCUGAUAUUUUAAAUGAAUUUAUUAAUAGUUGCGGUAUCUGUCAAAACAUUAAUGAAGCAUCGUUUGAUAACAUUGCUAAAUCCACAAAAGUUUUUGUCAACGGAAAUUUGACGUGUAUAACCGAUAAACCUUUGGAAUUAAUAAAACUUAUUCGGGACAUUAAAGGAAAUUCUCUUCCGGCCGAUAUUGGAAUCGUUAAUGAUAUACUUGUGAAUGAAGUAAGAUUCUACAGUGAUUCAGGAAGAAUGUGUAGACCACUAUUUGUUGUCGAAGAUCAACAUUUAGUUUUGACUUCAAAUAUUUUAUCAAAAUUAAAACUGGCAAAGGCAAACCAAAAUUUAUGGGAGACAUUAGUAUUAGAGCGAUACAUCGAAUAUAUUGAUGCUGAAGAGGAAGAAUCCACCAUGAUAUGUAUCUCUCCGGAAGAAUUAUAUGAGUCGAGAUUGUAUAAUUUACGUAAACUUGAAGGUUUAAGACCAAGAAGGAAAAGGCGAUCGGUCCAUGAACGUCUAAUUAAUUUACCAACUUAUCCAAAUAAGUGGACCCAUUGUGAAAUUCAUCCAAGUAUGAUUUUGGGCGUAUCCGCCAGUCUAAUUCCAUUUCCUGAUCAUAACCAAUCUCCUCGAAAUACCUAUCAAUCCGCUAUGAGUAAGCAAGCAAUGGGAAUUUACGCGACUAAUUUUCGAUUAAGGAUGGAUGUAUUGGCCAAUUUGUUGUAUUAUCCUCAGAAGCCUCUUGUAACCACAAAAGUCAUGGAAUACCUUCAAUUCAGAGAAUUACCUGCUGGGAUCAAUGUUAUCGUAGCUAUUAUGUGUUAUGGAGGGUACAAUCAAGAAGAUUCUUUGAUUAUAAACCAAAGUAGCGUUGACAGGGGAUUGUUUAGAAGCUUUACUUAUCGACGUUAUCUUGACCAAGAAAAAAAAUUGGGCGUUGUGAACAUGGAAGAUAUAGUCAAGCCAAAUCCUUAUACGACCCUUGGACUAAAACGCGGAAGUUAUGAGAAACUUGAUGGCGAUGGGAUAGUACCUUGUGGAAUUCGAGUUUGUGGAAAUGAUAUUCUUAUAGGAAAGGUGUCCACACUUUCACCCGAAGAAGAAAUGCUUGGUCAACGAAAAGAAUCUCACGUAUAUCGAGAUGUUUCUACACCAUUAAGAUCUACGGAAAAUGGAGUCGUUGAUCAAGUAAUUGUUACCACAAACCAAGAAGGAGCUAAAUUGGUGAAAAUUGGAGUUAGAAAUACGCGAAUUCCAGAAAUUGGGGAUAAAUUCGCAAGUCGUCAUGGUCAAAAAGGAACCAUUGGAAUCAAUUAUCGUCAAGAGGAUAUGCCAUUCACUUGUGAUGGUAUUACACCUGAUAUUAUCAUAAAUCCACAUGCUAUUCCUAGCCGCAUGACAAUCGGACAUUUAAUUGAAUGUUUAAUGGGAAAGCUUUCUGUGUUAUCGGGUAGUGAAGGUGAUGCUACAGCUUUUUCUGAAGUUACCGUAGAAUCCAUUUCGCGAAAACUUGGUUCUUUUGGAUUCCACCGUCGUGGAUUGGAAGUUAUGUACAAUGGUCAUACUGGACGUAAAUUAUCAGCACAAAUUUUCAUUGGACCAACUUAUUAUCAACGAUUAAAACAUAUGGUUCAAGAUAAAAUUCAUUCACGCGGAAGGGGUCCAGUUAAUAUAUUAACUAGACAACCAGUCGAGGGACGUAGUCGUGAAGGAGGAUUAAGAUUUGGUGAAAUGGAACGAGAUU